AUGGCUUCCCCGCCUAGCUCCGGGCAGCCCGGGCCGCCGCCGCCGCCGCCGCCGCCGCCGCCCGCGCGCCUGCUGCUGCUCCUGCUGCUGCCGCUGCUGCUGCCGCUCGCGCCCGGGGCCUGGGGCUGGGCGCGGGGUGCCCCCCGGCCGCCGCCCAGCAGCCCGCCGCUCUCCAUCAUGGGCCUCAUGCCGCUCACCAAGGAGGUGGCCAAGGGCAGCAUCGGGCGCGGCGUGCUCCCCGCGGUGGAGCUGGCCAUCGAGCAGAUCCGCAACGAGUCGCUCCUGCGUCCCUACUUCCUCGACCUGCGGCUCUACGACACCGAGUGUGAUAAUGCAAAAGGCUUGAAAGCCUUCUACGAUGCAAUAAAAUACGGGCCGAACCACUUGAUGGUGUUUGGAGGAGUCUGUCCAUCUGUUACGUCCAUCAUCGCAGAGUCCCUCCAAGGCUGGAAUCUGGUACAGCUCUCCUUUGCUGCCACCACCCCUGUGCUAGCAGAUAAGAAGAAAUACCCUUACUUCUUCCGGACGGUCCCAUCGGAUAACGCGGUGAAUCCAGCCAUCCUGAAGUUGCUGAAGCACUACCAGUGGAGGCGGGUGGGCACGCUGACCCAGGAUGUGCAGCGCUUCUCAGAGGUGAGAAACGACCUGACCGGGGUUCUCUACGGUGAGGACAUCGAGAUUUCGGACACCGAGAGCUUCUCCAAUGAUCCCUGCACCAGUGUCAAAAAGCUUAAGGGCAAUGACGUGCGGAUCAUCCUCGGCCAAUUUGACCAGAAUAUGGCAGCAAAAGUGUUCUGUUGUGCAUAUGAGGAGAAUAUGUAUGGUAGCAAAUACCAGUGGAUCAUCCCGGGCUGGUAUGAGCCUUCCUGGUGGGAGCAGGUGCACACAGAAGCCAACUCAUCGCGUUGUCUCCGGAAGCAUCUGCUCGCUGCCAUGGAGGGCUACAUCGGCGUGGACUUCGAGCCUCUGAGCUCCAAGCAGAUCAAGACCAUCUCCGGGAAGACGCCGCAGCAGUAUGAGAGAGAAUACAACAACAAGCGGUCAGGGGUAGGACCCAGCAAGUUCCACGGGUACGCCUACGACGGCAUCUGGGUCAUCGCCAAGACGCUUCAGAGAGCCAUGGAGACGCUGCACGCCAGCAGCCGGCACCAGCGGAUCCAGGACUUCAACUACACAGACCACACGCUGGGCAAGAUCAUCCUCAAUGCCAUGAACGAGACCAACUUCUUCGGGGUCACGGGUCAAGUUGUAUUCCGGAACGGGGAGAGAAUGGGGACCAUUAAAUUUACUCAAUUUCAAGACAGCCGGGAGGUGAAGGUGGGAGAAUACAAUGCCGUGGCUGACACGCUGGAGAUCAUCAACGACACCAUUAGGUUCCAAGGGUCCGAACCGCCAAAGGACAAGACCAUCAUCCUGGAGCAGCUUCGUAAGAUCUCCCUGCCUCUCUACAGCAUCCUCUCCGCCCUUACCAUCCUGGGAAUGAUCAUGGCCAGCGCUUUUCUUUUCUUCAACAUCAAGAAUCGGAAUCAGAAGCUGAUAAAGAUGUCGAGUCCGUAUAUGAACAACCUUAUCAUCCUGGGAGGAAUGCUUUCCUAUGCAUCCAUCUUUCUCUUUGGCCUUGAUGGGUCCUUUGUCUCUGAAAAGACUUUCGAAACCCUUUGCACCGUCAGGACCUGGAUUCUCACCGUGGGCUACACCACCGCCUUCGGGGCAAUGUUUGCUAAGACAUGGAGAGUCCACGCCAUCUUCAAAAACGUGAAAAUGAAGAAGAAGAUCAUCAAGGACCAGAAACUGCUCGUGAUCGUCGGGGGCAUGCUGCUGAUCGACCUCUGCAUCCUGAUCUGCUGGCAGGCUGUGGACCCCCUGAGGAGGACGGUGGAGAGGUACAGCGUGGAGCCGGACCCAGCGGGACGGGACAUCUCCAUCCGGCCUCUCCUGGAGCACUGUGAGAACACCCACAUGACCAUCUGGCUUGGCAUCGUCUACGCCUACAAGGGGCUUCUCAUGUUGUUCGGCUGCUUCUUGGCUUGGGAGACCCGAAAUGUCAGCAUCCCCGCGCUCAACGACAGCAAGUACAUCGGGAUGAGCGUCUACAAUGUGGGCAUCAUGUGCAUCAUUGGGGCGGCCGUCUCCUUCCUGACCCGGGACCAGCCGAACGUGCAGUUCUGCAUCGUGGCCCUAGUCAUCAUCUUCUGCAGCACCAUCACCCUCUGCCUGGUGUUUGUGCCAAAGCUCAUCACUCUGAGAACAAACCCAGACGCAGCCACUCAGAACAGACGAUUCCAGUUCACUCAGAAUCAGAAGAAAGAAGAUUCUAAAACCUCCACCUCAGUCACCAGCGUGAACCAAGCAAGCACAUCCCGCCUGGAGGGCCUGCAGUCAGAAAACCAUCGCCUGCGCAUGAAGAUCACAGAGCUGGACAAAGACUUGGAGGAGGUCACCAUGCAGCUGCAGGACACGCCAGAAAAGACCACCUACAUUAAACAGAACCACUACCAAGAGCUCAACGACAUCCUCAGCCUGGGGAACUUCACCGAGAGCACAGAUGGGGGAAAGGCCAUUUUAAAAAAUCACCUCGAUCAAAAUCCCCAGCUACAGUGGAACACAACAGAGCCCUCUCGAACGUGCAAAGAUCCUAUAGAAGAUAUAAACUCCCCAGAACACAUCCAGCGCCGGCUGUCCCUCCAGCUCCCCAUCCUCCACCACGCCUACCUCCCGUCCAUUGGAGGCGUGGACGCCAGCUGCGUCAGCCCCUGCGUCAGCCCCACCGCCAGCCCCCGUCACAGACACGUGCCACCCUCUUUCCGAGUUAUGGUCUCAGGCCUGUGAGGGUGGGAGGCCUGGGGCCGGGGCCUCCCCACGACAGAACCACACGGAGCAGAGGCCGCUGCUGCGGGAACACUGUCGGCUCUGGCUGUGGAGCAGCUGGCGCCACGGCUGGCCUUGUGGGGCUGCUCAGAUGGCACGCGGUCCACAGGAUGGGGGGCACUUGGCACCGACCUCGCGCCUUAUUUGUGAAGUUUUUAUUCUUUCACAAAGAAGAGGAAUGAAAAUGACCUCUUCCUUCAUGUCUGCCAAGGAAGAGCAGCUAGGAUAUUUGAAACUUUGCAAAAAAAAAAAAAAAAUCCUAGACAAGGAGAAAGUCGCUACAACUCCAGCUAGAAGUCACUGAGUGGCCCUGAGCAGCCUUGAGACGAGGCGGAGGCUUCCGGAGAAACCGCCUCUGCCGCUCCACACGUGCCACUGGCAGUGGCCCCCGGGCCAGCCCGUCUCCCCCCUGGGGAAGGAGGCAGGCAGGGCAGCCAAGCCUCCAGCGGCCAGCCCAGCCAACCCCAGCCUUCCUGGAACAGGGAGUCUUGCGGGAAGGGGGGCCAGGCACAGCUCUGCGGGCCAAGGGCUGGGGUACCCGUAGGCCGACUCACACAUUAACACAAUAACACCCAUUCCGGGACCGUGGGGAUUUAGGGCACGUCACUGCAGACACGCGCUGCAGCAUUCACCCACAGUCGGCCAUGCACCUUCCACGCCGCCCAUGUCUUUGUGUUCCUAUCAGGUGCUCCCCAUAAUAAGGGGAACACCCGGGCUAAUCACAGAAUGUCUGUUCCCAGCAAACACGAUAAAGAAAGAUUGUGCACUUUAACCUCUCUCAUCAGGGCCCAAGGGCUGGCUGGGGUUUUGUUUUGUUUUUUUCCACUGACUUUGUUUCUGACCAAAGUGAAUCGGGGGCAUCCGCUAGAGAACAUCCCGCAGUCAUGGGGAGAAUGUUGUUAGCUGAGAGCUUCCCUUACCUUCCAGAAGGCGGCCUUCAUCCAGACAAGCUGCAGGCUCUGCCCUUGGUGGGGGCCGGGGCGGGGUGGGGGUGAUCAAUCAGCAUACUUAGUCGCAUUCAUAAGAUCGCUCUUCCCUUUUAAAGGAAGCCCAGAGAGCACUGGCCUGGGAGUGAGACAGACCUGGGUUGGGGCCCUUGCUCCACUGCUAAGUCCUUCCAUGACCCUGGGCAGGUCAUGUCUCUCUGAGCCUGUCUCCCCUCACUAACAAACUGGGGUUGAAAUAACACCCGUCCUGCCUACCUCACAGGGUCGCUCUGAGGAUCAAAACUUGAUCUUGUCCAGAAAAGCUUCCUACCGAUCAGUGAAGCGGCCCUGACCCGUGAGGUAUCAGGAUGACCAUGACCUUCAGGACAGUCAGGGCUGUGGCCCAGAGAAGCACCCAGCACAGCCCUCUGCCAGGAUCCACCCAGCGGGAGAGGGGCUCCCGAUGACGUCUGUGACAUUCCUAGACAGGUUCAUUCUCUGCUAAAGAAAGGCCUGAGUGACAACGUCCGGGACGUCUCCACAACCGAGCACUCGCUCAGCUCCCUACAGAAACCUAACGGCAGCUUCAGCAGGCAGGCAAUAAUCUCUUCCCAGACCACUGAAGUCAGGAAUACAGCGCUGUCACCACCAGGUUUCCACAAAAGGGCCCACGGGAAUCUCAACCAUCACCAACAUUUCCAAACACCCUAUUUCACGUAGCACAGCAUUCCCCUCCCCUCCCCCAAAGAGAGGUUAUGGAGGAAUGUAGCUUUUAGGGGGGAAAAGAAUGCUAACACAUCACAGGUCAAGUUGAAGUCACUGUCUGUUUAGGCACUAAAAAUCGGUGUUGUCACUCACUGUGUAUUACAGUAUUUACUUGCUUUCUUGAUUUAACCAAACCAGAUUUAAUUUAAAGGAUCACAUUUAAUUUUUCAAGGGGAAAGAGACAAUUCAUUGUACAUAAUGUAUACACACACACACACACACACACAAACAAUACCUGUAGAAAUAUUAAUCCAACAUAGCAGGAAAAAAACACAAAAGUAUCAGACAGUCGGAGGUAAGUGUGUGCGUCCGUGACCCGUUGUGACUCCUGAGCGUGCACAGUCUUCUAGAUUAACCCACACAGUACAUUCUCUGUCUUAAUGAUACUGUAGGUUCACCCGAUUUUUUUUCAAUUUCCCCACAAAUAACAAGACCCACAGAAGUGACUCUAGCUAUUUAACAGUUCUGUUCUUUUAUAUGCAGCAAACACACCAUACAUUUCCUAAGAGGCUUCAGCCUGAAGGUGUUUUCCAAUGAACGUUAGUGCACAAAUGCUUUAAAUUAGGCUGGAACUGCCAGAAUCAAAUGUAAAUGAGGAGUUUCUCGUACCCCUGUUGCAUGGUAUCAAUUUUUAAUAAAUUGUUGCAAAUUUGUUUUUAUGAAUAAAAGGAAAAAAACUG